AUGGCCUCAGAAGGGCAAAGUCAGGAUUCAGAGCAUCCAUCUGAGCCUCCUGCAGCUCCUGUUCAGAGUAACAGAACAUUUCAAUGGGGAGCCAUACUUGCUGCAGUGAAAGAUCAGCUCCCAUCUCUGGACUCUGACGCUUCCACAUCUGAUUGUGAGAGUGAUGGGGAGCUUUUCAUCUUCCAGCGGGAACAGCCAAACUUAAUUCCUGACCUGUCAGAAGAACUGAUGGAGUUUUCCCUGGAAGACCCAAACAUGCAGGAAACAGAAAGGCACCCGUGGGAGGUCUGGAACGGAGAUCUGGAAAGUUUGGGCUUUCAGAAAAAAACAGAUGGUGCCCAAGUCAUUGCAAAAGAAGAUAUACAAAUUAUUAAAGAUGAGGCUUCCAAUCUUGCCAGCCAUAGUGAAGAAAUUCCAAGCCAAAAGGGAUCUGUUCUUGAAAAGUCUCUUGCAGAUUCCACAGAUCACCUUGAAGAAAAAGAACUGGGCAGGAGACAGGCCAGGGAAAGAGGGAACUCUUGGCUUAAUACAGCAUUGUCUGUGGAAGAGUUGGGCAGUCAAAAAGAGAGAAGAAAGCUGAUAGAGACAAAGAUACUCUCCAAAAUAAUUCUGGAGCCGUCACCAGGCCACCCAGAGCUAGAUGUCAAGCCUCCCUCACAUGGCAUUAGCAACAGUCUAGAAAGAAUUGCUAAGGAAGAAACCUCCUCAGAUGAUCAGCUUCAGGAACUGACCCAUUUGUCAUUACAGAAUAUUGAGAAAUGGGAUCUAGACAAGAUUCUUGAGGAGCUGGAGCAGCAGAAAGAUAACACUCACGCAGAAGUUGCUUUGUCCUCGGCAGAUCAUGAGACCUUCAGGAGUAGGUCUGAAAAUCAGCUCAUGGAAAAACUAGAAGAGCUGUGUACCAGGCAGUCCGGGACAGUGUCUCCACACUGCAGGUGGCCAUCAGCCAAGCUCCUCUCCUUUCAAGAACAGCAAGAGAAUAAGGAUGUUGCCCUGCUAUCAUCUUCAAGUUCUCUAAGGACGGACAUGAUGAGAUUACAGUGCCUGCCAGAGCCUGUAACAGUGUACAUAGAUUUAAGAGAUGCUAAACCACAGAAGUCAGUAACAUUCCCUGAUGAGAAACAAAGUGCAAGCGACAGCUCCACUGAAGAAGAAGAGACUAUGACAAUUAAGGACCAAGCAGAAAGGAGAAUCAGGAGGAAUUGCUCAGGGAAAAGCCUGCUACUGCAACAACUCCAUACAGCCCGUAAAGAAGCCUCAGAGCUUCUUCAUAAAAUGUCUACCCCGGCUGAAAAACUUGAAGGCAUAAAACAGGAUCCAGAAAGUCUGGAAGAGAUAGGUUCCUCUAAAAUAAGUCAAAACCAAUAUUUUAAAGUGAGGCAAGAGACAACUAAGGUGAUUCCCAGGAAACGGACGAGAUUGAAACCAGAGAAAAGAAAUAGCCCCUUGUCAAGCCAUGGGGGCAAUGGAGCUGACAUAGAAAAAGAAAACGAAAUGGAAGCUGAGAAAGUUCAAAGUUCAGGAAACGCUCCAGAAUCUCCUCUAACUACAACAGAAUUGCCAAGGACAGAAGAAAGUAAAAGAGAGCUAUCCCAAAAGGAAGAACAGAUGAAAGAGAGACACAGGAGACACAGAUUCCAGGAGCAGCUGGAGAGAUUGCAGCCUCAGCAGUCAGUUACUGGAAAGCAGCCCAUGGCAGAGAAAACCCCUGUUUUGUUCCACAUGGAAGCCUCUUAUUUGCCAGAUAUUGACACAUUGCCUAGACAACACAGUAUGAAAAAUGAGGUGCUGCUUAUGACCAUUUGGCUGUCAAGUUGUGGCCAAGUAGCUACAGAUCAUUGUGGUGGGCAGGUGCCUAACAUGGUGCUGAGAGCAACCAACAUCUACCAGGCCCUUGUGACGUGGCUUCUCUCUCUGGUGCCUCCUGUGAAAAUGAACGACGGACCCAAAGCUCCGUUUCAGGUGGCAGGGCUGCAGCAGGCCUGGCGAGAGGACGGCUUGGCCCUAUAUGCUUGUCUAAUGCCAGCAGAUGAGUCUUCAGCCCAGAACAGCACCAAGAUCCAGAAGAUAAAAACUAAAGAUGAUCUACGAGGAACAUCCAUUUUUUACCAGAAGAUUUCUGCAUUUCUAGCCUGUACGUGGCUUCCGGAUGUUAUCUGGUGGAGAGCAGAACUGGCCAAUCGCUUCCAAAACCAGCUGUGUCCACUUCUUCCUGAAAUUCCCUCUGUCCUGCUCAGUUACGUCACUGCUGUUAAUCCUGAUCCUCAGGCAGUGGAGAAGGUGUUUGCGGUGUCAAAUGGAUUUUACUGGCAGACGGUUGAAACCGAUGAAAAAUACUUCCCUAAUAGCAGCGACAUCGAGACUUGCAGAGAUAUAGACACUGAGGUUGCCAUGGUAUUGCUGUUUGAAACUCUCUUCCAAAGUCCCCUAGCUACCCAUCACAUGUUGCAGCUGGUACUCAGUUCUGGUCUGGAUAUCUGUGGACUCCGCCUGCUCUAUCCUCAGCAGGAUGUGCUGCUCUCUAGCUCAGAAAAGCCGCCUUCUUCCUACACUUCAAAGACUGGCAAGGUGCCACCAGUGCUGGCAUUAGGCGUGAGAGGGCCUAAAGCACGUAGCGCCUUGCAGAAUAUCAUUGGGCCAUCUGACCCGCAGCUGGCGAGCGUGACGGACUGCAGUUCCAUCAAUGCCAUCUACUGCCGGAGCCAAGCGGAGCCUCUCGUCUACCUGCCCCACCUGGACAGCCGUGUGCACAGGGAGCUGUGCCUCUGGUUCGGAGGGAGGGCUCCUGAUGCAGCACUGCGUACUGGUGUCCUGGAUCCGGCUUCCCAAUGCAACAGAGCAAGCUCUCAGACUCCUUCAUCAACUAGGGCAGAAGCAGAUGAAGAAAAGGUUGAUCUCCAGGGCAUGGUGCUGUCUCAACCUCCAGCAAUGCUUGUCUCGACUACCAAAGGGGACAUCAUUUUGGUGGUGUCACCUGUGGUAUCUCCUCAUGCCUACGGUAAUGUGAUCUCAGUCUGUACUCAUCGGGGGUUUGUUCUGCAAGGAAUCAGACAGCUGCAGCUUUCACCCAAGCAAGCUGUUGUGCUGAGCAUGACAACAAGUCAGAUUGCUGUAUUUUGCCCUAGCAAGAUUCCAAGUUCAUCUGAUAGUUCUGCAAGAGGAGAGCUUUCUGCUGAACCGCGCAUGCACUGUCUCAUUUUGUUGCUGAGAAAGGAGAAUGCUAGUCAUCACAUUGCUGCAUUGGUGAAAGGACUGAUGAAUGAACUGGCAAGGCAAGGCUUCCUUGGCAAUGGGCAGAGCAACCUGCCUGCCACUGCUGGGCUGGACCCCUCUGUGUGUUUUCAUGUGGCUCCUUACACUGAGACCUUGCUGCAGACACUGGGAGGAAACCUCAGUGCAGUGCCAGACCCCCGUAACAUUCCUCUGGAUCUUUUCUGCAAUCGAACAUAUGCUUCUGACCCUGAAAUGGAGCAAGUUGUCAUGCUGACGGUGGUUGGAAUGGACGCUAUGAAGAGUGCCGGAGAGCUCCUUCACCAGAUCCUUCUUCCUGGGUGCAAUAAUCAUUCUUGGAGUGCAGAAGAACCCGAUUCGGGAUUUGAGCUCCUAGGUCUCAAGUGGUUGCCCCAUCUCACUCGAUGUCAGGCCAGAGAAAUAACCCCUUUUGAGGUUGGAGAUACUUCCUGGCAAAGAAGCCUUGAUACACUUAUGUCAAACCCAGUCCUUGUGUGUGCGUUACGGCGGAUCAAUGCCUUCAAAGUUCUUGCAGAUGCAUUGAAGAGAUUAACACAAUGCAGGGAAAAGCUAAGCAAAAGUGGCAGUCUUCUACAGACAGUAAUGGCCUUGACCCCAGAGGUGACAUUCAGACAAGCCGUCCUCUUCUUCACAGAGAUGGAUUUUGUAACUGAUGCGGAACACCGCCCUGCUAUGAAAUACCUGCCACAACCUGGCAAGAGGUCCAGGGCUGAAGUGGGAGAGAGCCGGAGAUGCCAUGCAGAAUCACUGUUUACCUACUUGCAAACAGGAGCCCAGAUUCUUUGCACAGUGCUGCUGAUCAAACCUGGUGCCUGGAGCCAUAGUCUUGCAAGGAUCCUCCGAAAACUAGACCUAGAAAACUUCAUUGUGGUUGGGAUGAAACACAUAAACCUGGAACCAGACGUUGCCUUAGGACUCCUUUCUUCUGAAGUGAAACAGGAUCCUGCUGUUUUAGCAGCUCAUUGUACAUACCUUACUUCAGGCACUGCUCUCGUGCUGUGUCUUCAGAGGCCAAAUGCUGUGAAGAAGCUGAUAGAUUUACUGGGGCCGGAGGAUCCUAAACUAGCCCAAGCACUAGAUCCGUUCUUCUGGAGGGCUCAGUAUGGCGUCAGCACAGUCCAAAAUGGAUUUUACGGCUCCAAAUCCUAUCAAAUAGCUGUCCGGGAUAUGAAGCUGUUUUUCCCAGAAGGGCUGUGCUGCGCCAAGUGUCAGACAUUAGAGGAGGAAGAGAUCUAUAACCUGAAACGUGACCCCAUAAUCAGUUUGGAAAUCAACAAGCAGCGCAAGAUCAUAAAACGUGAAACAGGAGGGCAACUCAAUUUAUUGGGCUCUCAGCAGCCAUGCAAUCUUGGUCAGCCAUUGCUUGAUAACCUCUGCCAAACCACUUGCCUCGUAUUGCCUGGGAUAAUCCUUCGGGGUUCAGAGCACCCACCUUAUGUCGAACUGCUUGAUCAGCUUAUUGGCAAAGAUUUCACAGUGACUGGAGUACGCCUCACUGUCCUGGACGCCCCACAAGCUCACUGCAUCUCUGAGACACUAAGCAGGGCAAAGUGCAGUGUUGCAGCAAAGUGUUCCCUCUUAAUGGAUGGUUUGUGUCUGGUGCUAGCAGCACAGCGAGACAAUGCGGUCAUUUGCUUCGACUCCCUGCUGGACAGUGUCUGUUCGCAGAAGCAGUCAGUCCGGGACACUGCGCAGCAUCUCCUUUAUCCCCAAAAUGAGAAUCAGGCCGAAGAGCUGCUCUGUUGCCUUUUUGACUCCCUGACAUCUGAGAGCAUCUACCGAAUUGAAUCCCAGGAUUGCUAGCCAAGAUGGUCAAGGCCCCCAAGCAGCCCAUGGGUGGAUGCCACUGCGGGUAUCUGUGCAGAUGGACACACAGGGGACUCCUAGCCUCUGAGAGCACUCAUAUGUGUUUGUCAUUAAAACAUAAAGUCUGAAGUAUGGUAUUAGCAUCACUUAGAUAAAUGAGAGUGGUGGGAGGAAGGAUCAGUGCCCAAGAACAAAUCUUUCUGAACUGUAGCCAUGAUUUCUAGUGGAAUGCAUUCAGAGACAAUCUGCUUGUGUUCAUAGAGCAAGGUUUGGAGCAUUCCUCUGGCCGGGAAAAAGUCAGGAAGUAAAGUAAACACAGGGGCAGGUGUUCACUGCUGUCUUUCUCUUGGGUGCUUGGGGACUCCAUCUUCCCCAGGCCUCAAAGACAUUAUGGAGAGACUCCAUUUUCUGCUGCUACUGUGUUCUUUGAACCAAAGACAAAAGCACAGUAAAUAAAAUGGAAAUGGUCUGAGGGAAGGUUGGAUCCCUGGAGAGUUCAGUACACCAGGUAGAGCCAUUGAAUAAGAUUAAAAGCUGGACAGCUUAAUGUUCACUUGCCUCUGCUCCGGCAGCCCUGUUACCAACUGUCUCUGCCCAGCCCCAGCUCGCUGCCCUGCCCUGGGCACACAACCCUGCCUCUUCUUCCUCUGUCUACAGCCGCUGAUCCUAGCACGAUUCCUCCUCGGCCGAGUCCUUUCUAUGAGCUCUCCAGCAAGGAAGCUGGUGUUAAU